AUGAUGCGCAACGCUUUGGCCGUCAUGGCCAUUGUCAACGGUCUUGCCCAGGCCAACCGCUUCUCCUGGCAGAGCGAGGCUGAGACCGAUGUUGGCAAGCAUGGUCAGGACCAUGAUCAAAGCUUUCAGGACGUCGGUUCCCUCUUUGAUUGGGAUGAUGAUAAGAAUGAGGAAGAGAAGAUGCAAUCCGAGGCAGACUACGAGAAGCUCAAGCUUUUGAAGAAAAAGUUGAAGAAUGAAGAAGAAGAAGAGGAGGAGGAGGAGGAGGAGGAGAAGGAGGAGGAGGAACCCGAGGUCAAGGAGAAGAAGAAGGAGUACGAGCACGAGCACGACAAGAACAAGCAUUACGACCAUGGGUACAACAAGGAACAUCACGACUAUAACGCUGAUCCCAAAACACACAAGACCUAUGAUUACUACAAGCCUACUAUCACAGGACAUCACAAGCACCAUGGCGAUCACUAUGAUGUGUACGACUACAAGAAACCCAUCAUUGUUGAUGGUAAGAAGUACGAUUACGUUCACGAGCCUAUCACAAAGCAUCAUACCUACACCAAGAUCCAUGAGCCCGUGGUCAAGCCCGGAUGCUAUGGUGAUAAGUGUGACCACAAGCCCUGCAACAAGUGUGGUGAUGACUGGGCUCAACCCGGCUGCUGGCACUGUAAGAACCACGAGGGCGAGGUGGUUGAGACCAAGACCACCAAGUAUGCUCCUGAGAAGACUGAUGAUAAGUAUCAUGGUGCCAAGACCUACACACACAAAGGUGUAACUGUCAUCGUCCCCAAGGAGACCAAGGCUCCUGAAGCUCCCAAGAUCGAGAAGCCCAAGGAGCAGCCUAAGAAGGAGGAGAAGUACGAGGACAUCUGCCGCAAGGUCACCAAGGGUCACGGAGAGCACAAGUACGAAGAGACCAUUUGUGAUAGGGUCAAGCACCAGAAAGAAUAUCCCAAGGUCUAUGUUGAGCCCAAGGAGGAGAAGUAUGAGGAUAUCUGCCGAAAGGUCACUAAGGGUCAUGGACAGCACAAGCAUGAGGAGACUAUUUGUGACAGGGUCAAGUACCAGAAGGAGGAGCACCCCAAGAAGAACUAUGUUGAGCCCAAGAAGGAGGACAUUUGCGACAAGAUCAAGGGCUGCCCUGCUCCCGCUCCCGCUCCUCAACUUCAUUACCCCAAGGUCGAGCCUGUUCCUAUUCCUGCUCCUCAGCCUUACUAUCCUAAGGUCGAGCCUGUCCCAGCCCCAGCUCCUCAGCCCAAGCUGGAGGAGAUCAAGCCAGUUCCCGUCCCUGCUCCCGUUCCUGUGAACCCUGAGCAGGUUUCGCCCAAGGGCAAUGGCUUUGAGGAGGCUCCCCGAGUCCCCUUGACUGUCUCCAAGUCCGGAGCCAACUUCAACACAGUCUCCAUUGCCGGCACCAUUGUUGUCGGCAUUGUUGGUGUUAUGCUCCUUUGA